CACUUUUAUCACGGAUGCUGAUCACUCUGUUGGUCGCAGAAAAUCGAAAAAUAAUUUCACUGUUUACUAUUAAAAUAUAAAUUUUCUUAUUAAUUUGUGGUUUGUGAAUGAAAAAGAACAACGUGAACCAGUGCUCUGAGUGCGGAGGUUACUUUUCUGUCAGUAAUACGGUGAUAAUUUGGUACGGAACUGGUUGCUGAUGUGUAUGGUGCGACCUGGUACUCCUGGACGGGUGCCGCGCGGGCAUUCCCGGCAUCCUGCGUUAGCAUGAUCCCCCGGUGAUCUCCUCGCUGUCAACGGCACCUGAACUGUAGCGCGCGGCGCAGUGAGCGUGAUGUCGGGUGCGGCGGCCAGCGGCGCCGCGUCCGCCGCCUCCGCCGCCUCCGCCUCCGCCGCCUCCGCGCUCGGCGGGCUCGGCGGCUCCCUCGAGGACAAGGACUGCGAGCUGCUGUGCCCGGUGUGCUUCGAGCUGAUCGAGGAGGCGUACGUGACGCGCUGCGGCCACUCGUUCUGCUACGCGUGCAUCGCCAAGUCGGUGGAGCUGCACCGCCGCUGCCCCAAGUGCGGCGCCGCGCUCGCCUCCCGCGAACACAUCUUCCCCAACUUCCUGCUCAAUGAACUGGUGGAGAAGCGGCGGCGGCGGUCGGCGCGCGGGCGGGCGGCGGCGGGCGGCGGCGCGGCGCCGGCGGCGGGCGGCGCGGACGCCGAGCGGCUGCGGGCGCUGCUGGCGGCCGAGUCGCGCCACCUGGCCAUGCCCGACGUGGACUGCAUGCUGGACGUGCUCACGCGCCGCAAGCGGCUGCUCGAGGCCGAGUCGGCGGCCGCGCACCACCGCCUGCUGUACGAGUUCCUGGCGCACCUGCACCGCCACCGCCGCCACCAGCUCGACCAGCUGGCGCGCGAGGCCGCGCUCGUGUCCAAGGACAUGGAGGCGGUGGCGGAGACGCUGCGGGAGCUGCGCGCCGGCGCGGCGGGGCUGGCGCGUCUGUCGCCGCCAGAGGACGCCACCACCACACCGCCAGCAGACCUGCACCACGCGCUCACAGACGGCGGCGGCGGCGGCGGCGGCGGCGGCGGCGGCGGCGGCGCGCACGGCAGCCCGGGCGGCAGCGCGGCCGAGGAGGAGAGCUUCGCGGGCGGCGCGGGCGGCGCGGGGGGCGCGGGCGGCGGCGGCGACGCGCUCGCCGCCAGGUGGCGCCGCCUCUCCGCGCACUUCGACGACUUCGUGCAGUGCUACUUCGCGCACCGCGCCGACGAGCUGUACUUCCCGGGCUCGGGCGACGCCACGCCCGCCGCCUCCGCCACGCCGGGCCCGCCGCCGCCGCCGCCGCCGCCUCCGCCGCCGGUCGCGGCCGCCGCCUGCGACGACCACGUGCCGCAGGCGCCGCAGCCCGACUCGCGCGCCAACAGCGUCUUAGGCGGCGACCAGCGCGCGCCGGACGGCAUGCAGCUCGGCGGCUCGGAGCUCGGCGGCGGCGGCGGUGGUGGCGGUGGUGGCGGCGGUGGUAGCGGUGGUGUCGGCGGCGGCGCUGCCGGCAGCGGGUGUGGCGGCGGCGAGCGGCGCGGGCUGGACGCGUUCCGCGAGGACCUGGUGGCCUUCACGCGGUACCGCGCGCUGCGGCCGCUGGCCACGCUCUCCUACUGCAGCGACGCCAUCAACUACUCCACCAUCGUCUCCACCAUCGAGUUCGACAAGGACGACGAGUUCUUCGCCAUCGCCGGCGUCACCAAGCGGAUCAAGGUGUUCGAGUUCGAGGCGGUGGUGCGCGACGCGGUGGACGUGCACUACCCCAGCUCGGAGAUGCAGUGCUCGCACAAGAUCUCGUGCGUGUCGUGGAACGCGUACCACAAGAACGUGCUGGCGUCGUCGGACUACGAGGGCACGGUGUCCGUGUGGGACGCGGCCACCGGGCAGCGCACGCGCGCGCUGCAGGAGCACGACAAGCGCUGCUGGUCCGUGCACUUCAACCGCGCCGACGUGCGGCUGCUGGCGUCCGGCUCGGACGACGCGCGCGUCAAGCUGUGGGCGCUGACGGCCGAGCGCUCGGUGGCCACGCUGGAGGCGCGCUUCAACGUGUGCUGCGUGCGCUUCAACCCGCGCUCCUCCUGCCACCUGGCCUUCGGCUGCGCCGACCACUGCGUGCACUACUACGACCUGCGCGCGCCGCGCCAGCCGCUGGCCGUGUUCCGCGACCACCGCAAGGCCGUCUCCUACGUGCAGUUCCUGGACGCGCGCUCGCUCGUCUCCGCCUCCACCGACUCGCAGCUCAAGCUGUGGCGGCUCGACUCGCCGCGCUGCGUGCGCUCCUUCACCGGCCACGCCAACGAGAAGAACUUCGUGGGGCUGGCCACCGACGGCCGCUACGUCGCCUGCGGCUCCGAGAACAACGCGCUCUACCUCUACUACAGCGGCCUCUCGCGGCCGCUGCUCGCCUACAGGUUCGACGCGGUGCGCGGGUUCCUGGAGCGCGAGCGGCGCGACGAGGAGCCGUCGGAGUUCGUGUCGGCCGUGUGCUGGCGCCGCGCCGCCGACCGCCAGGUGCUGCUGGCCGCCAACAGCCAGGGCACCAUCAAGGUGCUCGAGCUCGUCUGAUCGCCAGACCCUCACAGCCCCUCACAGCCUCCACCGUUCUAUUCUAAUCAAAUGGCGACUUGGCCUGAGCUCAACUUCUACCAGCCUUAACCGGCGACCCGCGACAAUGAAGAAAAUGUUUUUGUGAGUGCUGAGUGAACUAAAACAAUUUGGACUCCCCUAAGGAGAAACCGCGUACUCCCCUAAGGCUGGUGCCGGCCAAACUAUUGGUAUUUGCUGGUGGGAUACCAGUGAGGAGUAAUAGGCAAGGAAGAAAUUAGGUCAGUUCGCCCAUUAUGAUGAAUUCACCAAUACGUAACCACUGUGGUCUCCAGGGGGUGUUGCAUAGAUGUCGACUCGACAGGGUGUACUGCUAGUAAUGGACCCAUUAGUUCUCUUUACUGACAAUCCCCUCCCCCACCAGGGUUGUGAUAAAUUAAAAAAUGGCCUGGAUAGCAACGAAGUACUGAAGCUGGUAGGUGCCGUCGAGUGGUGGUUACUGUGAGGUAUUUCAGCUGACAACCCUUGCUCAAAACACCAAUGUUUAUCAGCUCGAGAUACAGACUUGUUCUUACCACCGGACUGAUAGUUUAAUGGAUGAAAAUGGAAUGCUAAUCCCACACGCUGGCGGGACACCAGUGAGGGGUGGUGGACGAGGAUGAAGUCUGCUUGACUGGUCGUAACGAAUGUUCCGGGAAAUUCGAGCAUUACAGUGAGUCCCCAACUUUAGCCAUGUAUAGUGUAACUCGGUUCCUACUUGAUUAGUAAGAUACUGCCAAAUUGAUUGUGAACUAAACAUGUAGACACGUCGUGUAGUUGUAGACACUGUAGCGAAAUAUUCAAAAUGUAAUUAUAACGAAGGGGAAAUAUGUUUGUGAAAAUUUUUAACUUUUCCUGUGUCUUCCAUCUCGUUUACACCUCAAAAAGGUAUAACUUUACAACAGCAACACAUCCUCUAUCCUGCUCGCCCAAUGAUCAAAUUUAUAAUCUGUUUUUCUAUACUUGUCACAAUUGAUAAACAUUCUGUUAAUUUAAUCAUUUAAAAAAAAUAUUGUAAAUUACAUACAAAUUGUUUCGAUGAAAAAUAUAGCAGUCAUUUAUUUAAUGUCUACACAGAUGAUGGAUAUAUUGUCAAUUUUGUAUGAGCCAAGUACUCAGUUGGGAAUACAUCCGGCUCGAAGGACCAGGAUAGUAGAGAUCACAUAAUAUAACGUUUCCUAAUCAAAAGGAGACCACGACUCAUUUGUAACAAAAGCGGACAUAAAAUGGCGAGUGGAGAGAUGAUAAACAUACAACUAAACCAACCAUUGAACAUUACUAUUUGAAACCAUAGUAUAUUAUAAGCAGCAAAAUAAACUGAAUUUCAAAGGGAUUUAAAUUAAUAUAUCUAGUUGAGAGCAUUUUAACCACGUUUGUCCAGACACGUCCGUUGGACCACUGGUAGCAAUGUGUUCUUUACACUGUGGCCCUAUGUCCUCAAUGCAGUUUCUUCGAGUGAAGGCACGCACGGUGGAGUCGUGGCCACCGACCAGGGUUUCCGAUCGGUACCGGCCCUGCAAUUGGUUAAAUAGUAAAUAAGAUACAAUUAAAAAAGAAAUUGGAACUCGUCUCAGCUGCCCAGUGGACGACAUUUCUUUAAAUAAUAGGCAAAACCUAUUCAUUUCUGGAUAAAUACUUUCAAGAUGGCACGAUUCAAGAUCGGAAACCCGGUCCUGGGUGAAUGGAAUGUCCUAGAAUACAGACAGGAUGCGUUCUCAGCGUGUAUGCGAGUCUAUAUAUAUUUUUUACGCAUUGUUUAAAAUUGUCAAUCAGCUGUAUAGAUGUUGGACGACCUGUCGUGUGCUGGUAUACAUCGCAGCUGCUCGGAGGAAGACUUUGUGAUUUUAUUAAUGUUUUAACAUAUAUGAAUUGGAAAAAUUGUAUUUUUAUGUAAAUGAUUGUAUUCGGGUUUAGGUUUACAUGAUAGGUCGUUAUAGUUGUGUAGCUAGAUCAAUUGUACAUAACAGUAAAUAGAUAUGUAACACGUCCAUCGACUACAGCGAGUGUUGCGUUUGUUCUGUCAACCAGCAACUACGCCGGUGUGGUGGGCCAUGUCUCUGUGCAGGUUGGGGGGGCACCUUCAAUUAUAAAUCUUACUGUAUAAACAUGAAGCGUCUAGUCUCAAUAAAUGGUCGACACUGGGAUUGAUUUUGACACACCAUUUCCUACACUACGAACUAAGGCAAUAUUACCAGAGGGACACUUUGUACAAAAGUCGAUUGCUUGGACACCUCUGUCCCAUUCGUGUUUCAACCGUGAAGCAGUUGUGUUUGCAUGGCUGUGUUUCGGUUUGAACGGUGGGAUAUGGCGUGAAUUUACACGGUACAGAGAGGAAUAACACCUGAGUCCUCAGGAAUGGCAACGCAUGGGGGGUAUCAUGGGCGUAACAGUAUACUCUGUUAUGUCCACGGUACUGCUCAUGUCUAUAGGCGAUGGUUACCACUUUCCAUCAGGUGGGCAAGCUGCUUGUUUGCCAUUCUAAAUUGUAUAAAAAAAUAAAUAAGAACUAAGCCUCUUAUUCAUAAGAACUGAAACACUUACACUUGUCACUUUCAUUCAAAUUGAACAUUUAGCGCAAAAGAAAGAGACAAAACAGUUCAAUAGUUGAAAUACGAUUAUGAGAGUUUUAAAGAUUUUAUGAAUAAGGUAGUAAGUUUUUAAUAUAAUUGUGUCACAACCGCUUCACAUUUAGUUGUCGAUGGUCCACAGCAUGUUUUAUUAAACUAUCAAAUAAUAUAUUAAUUUAAAAUUGUAAUUCUACAGAAAUCUAUGGAACGGUAUCUCAGAAUCAAUUCCAUUGACAAUUUAUUUUUUCUUUGUUACAUAACGAAGCGCGCCAUUUGUCUGUGUUGCAAGUAAUAAUUAUAUAUUGGUAUCCCCAUUCAAACAUACACUGACGAAUUAUAUAAAUCUAUGUGAUCUAUGACACAAAUGCACUCGCAUAAGAAUGUAUAUAAUAAAAAUGUUUGACCAUUUUUAGUGAAGUGUUAUUAAAAAAACAUUCUAUCUAAAGUUGUAUUGUCUAUGUCAACCGAGUCGUUUCCCCAACCAGCGCCAUUAUUGUUUUUUUUUUUAAUACGACGAAGGUGCCAAUGAAACAUGCCUGAUAAUAGUAUACUGUAGGAGCGACAUGUAAGUUGGCGCAUAGUAGAUAUACAAGUAAUAUUAUGUAAUUAAAUUACGCGAGGCGCGCGGCGAGUGGCCGCCUCCGGCGCGACGCGGCAUGCCGCCGUCUCAUACUGGCAACAAUUCAUGUUUUAAAUUCAAGCGGCGCUCUUACACGGGCAACUAGUGGGCGGUAGAGACCGAUGCUCACAUUUGUCUAAACUUCUCGAAAGUAACUUUAUUUUAAUCUAUACUUCAUGCUACUGUAUUUUAUUUGAAUUGUUUAUAUGUCAUUGUUUAUUUUUAUGUUUUUAGUGCAAUAAAUACUUAAAUUUAUACAAACCUGUAGAGAGGUCAAUUCUGUACAGGAAAUAUAUUUCCAAAAUAACUAUCAGCGGGUGAUUAGUGAUCGAUACUGAUGCCAAAAAUGCAAUCAGUAAAAUUUUUGUGUCUGUCUGUCUGUAUGUUCGUCAUAGAAACAAAAACUACUCGAUGGAUUUUAACGAAACGAUCAAUAGAAGCAGAGCAGUGAAGGGAAAUGUUAAAAAUGUCCAUCCGUGCGACGCCGGGACGGGCCGCUAGUAAAGAAUAAAGUUUAAUAUCACAACUAAAUCUUUGCUCAAAGGAAUAAUAAACUAUUUUUUUAAACUAAAAUUAUUCGAAUUUAAAUAUUGAGUUAAUAAAUAUGUUUAGACAAAUGGUGCCUCAGUACGACUCCGUUUGAUUACGUCGUAUAUUGAUACGUGGUGUACGUGUGACAUUUCUAUCCGGUCUUUUUUUCGGUAUGAACUCGGUUUCACUGAUAGAUGUUUGUUGUUCCAUCAAUCAGUCGGCAUGGUUGCUCGUGUAAGAGCACUUUUAGUUGAAUGUAUUUUAGUAUAAUGUAUAGUGCGUGCGUGCGUGCGUGCGUGCGUGCGUGUGACGUCACUCGUCGUGCGCCGCGCCCGCCCCCCGCCCCGCGCCCCGCGCCCCGCGCCCUGUGAUGUGUCGUGAUGUGAUCUUAACAUAAUAAACGUGACUCCACAUUG